CAACAUCCGAGAAGAAGGAGUCCUCCCCGGCAGUGCUGAGCUAACUGAUGGCAGCAUUGUUACAAAGGUAAUAAGCAGGUAUUAACAGCUCCUGCAGAUUUCUGAGAGAUGCUGACCUCAUCCUAACAGGGACCAGAUCAGCUGAUGCAGGACGGCCGGACACAAAUCAGAGCGAUCAUGGCGGGCCGGCAGCAGAGAGCUGCAGCGGCUGCAGACGGCUCCUCGGAAGCCAGGAGGACGGACAUCAGGGCCACUGAGAAGAAGUGCUCCUGGGCCUCCUACAUGACCAAUUCUCCGACUGUGAUAGUGAUGAUUGGGUUGCCCGCGAGAGGGAAAACCUACAUGGGUAAGAAGCUGACGCGCUACCUCAACUGGAUCGGAGUGCCAACUAAGGUAUUUAACCUUGGGGUUUAUAGGAGAGAAGCAGUGCAGUCAUACAAGUCCUUUGACUUCUUCAGACAUGACAACAAAGAAGCAAUGGAAAUCAGAAAACAGUGUGCUCUGGUGGCACUGGAGGAUGUGAAGGCCUAUCUGAAUGAGGAAGGAGGCCAGAUCGCUGUUUUUGACGCCACCAACACCACCAGAGAGAGGAGGGAUCUCAUCCUCAAUUUUGCAAAGGAUAAUUCAUACAAGGUGUUUUUUGUUGAAUCAAUAUGUGACGAUCCAGAUGUCAUCGCCACUAAUAUCCUGGAUGUGAAGGUUUCCAGCCCCGAUUACCCUGAGAGAGACAGAGAGAGUGUGAUGGAGGAUUUUCUGAAGAGGAUAGAGUGUUAUAAAGUGACGUACAAACCUUUAGAUCCGGACGAACACGACAAGAACCGCUCCUUCAUCCAGGUCAUCAAUGUGGGCCGUAGUUUCCUGGUCAACAGGGUGCAGGACUACAUCCAGAGUAAAAUAGUUUACUACCUCAUGAACAUCCACGUGCACUCCCACUCCAUCUACCUGUGUCGGCACGGAGAGAGCCAUCACAACGUGGAGGGACGCAUCGGGGGGGAUGCUGAGCUGUCAGAGAGAGGGAAGGAGUUUUCAGCAGCACUGAAGGGUUUUGUGGAGGAGCACCGUCUGUCCGACCUGAAGGUUUGGACGAGUCAGCUGAGACGCACCAUCCAGACGGCCGAGGAGCUGGGAGUGCCCUACGAGCAGUGGAAGAUCCUCAAUGAGAUAGAUGCUGGAGUGUGUGAAGAAAUGUCCUAUGAAAUGAUUGAGGAAACGUACCCAGAGGAGUUCGCCAUGAGGGAUCAGGACAAGUACCAUUACCGCUACCCUGGAGGAGAAUCCUACCAGGAUCUGGUUCAGCGGCUGGAGCCCGUCAUCAUGGAGCUGGAGCGGCAGGGCAACGUGCUCGUCAUCUGUCAUCAGGCCGUCAUGAGAUGCCUGCUCGCUUACUUCUUGGACAAAAGUGCAGAUGAUCUUCCCUACUUGAAGUGUCCCCUGCACACUGUUCUGAAACUCACCCCUGUGGCUUAUGGUUGUAAAGUGGACAUGUUUGACCUGAAGGUGGAGGCUGUCAACACCCACCGGGACAGACCAUUAAAUAAAGUCCCAGCAAAUACGGUACCGCCCGCUUUCCUCCGUAGGAACAGCUUCACCCCGUUGUCCAGCCAAGACCAGACCAAACGGCCCCGUCUGUACAGCGUGGGCAACCCCCCGCAUGCCCGCAAGACCCAGGCCCCCACCUUACCCAGCAUGCAGUUCUCUGAGGCAUCCGAGGGGGCAGAGCUGCUACAAAGUGUAGACUCUGUGAACAGCUUCAGUGCAGCAGACACAGACAACUGUGUUGGGAGUUAAAGAAGCCAAAAGAGGCUUUUCUCCACAUGGAUGUAGUAUCUCAACGACCAGCAGUAGAAUCUCCACCAGCUUCAGCCAUUACAUUCUUAAGCAAUUUAUUUCACCAUAUCAGUGUAAAGCUAUUUGUGAUAUCUCUUUGUUUUUUGUUUGAAAGGUUAUGUGCUUGUAAGUGAUUGUACACAUAGACAUGAUAUCGAUGCCUUUGCACAGAAGCCUUCAAAUCUAUGCUGGGAUCCAGCUCAGAUGAAUAAUGAAGUAAACAUUUGUAGUAAGAAAUACUCAAAAAACCCGUCUUAGUUUCUGGCACACUCCAGGCUUUUUUUCUGUAUUAGAUGUCUUCUCAGACUAUUUAUUUUUAAACAUUCCCUGGUUGUGUGCGUCCUUCCUCAGGUGCAGGUUCUGGCUAGAUGUAGUCAUGAUUUUAUAUUGAGUGUAGUAUAAAGCUUUAAGGCUUGUGGUGGGCAGAACCAAGCUGUGAAAUUUAAUGAAAUGUUUCAUCAAACGUGCAGCAGCUACUGUUCCUUUCUUACUGUCUGACACAUUUUCCACUUUUCUCUUCAGUAAUGCCUUCCUGUGUUUUGCCUCCUGCUCAGAUAACAGCUUUAAUAUACAGCACGGUUCACUGUGAUAACGUAAAGCUGACAACAUUUGAACUCCAUAAAAUGUAUGCCAAUAUUUUAAACGCAGGGUGCUCAUUACUUUUAGUGUCCUCAUAGUUAUACGCAAAUAUAUGGUGUAAUUCCUGAUAAAAUAAUAGUACUUCUUGUUAAUUAAUAGCUUUUAAGUAACCAUACAGUAUGGAUAAUCUCUAUUCACAUGACUUUGAUUUUAAUGUGGGCAAUUGAUUGGUAUUUGGAAAAAGUGCCUUUUAUUUAAAGGACUACUAGGCUGUGACAAUAGCAGAGUUAUUUUAACAUUUAUAGUAUGACUAUGUUUCACCUGAAUUGAAGGAUUGACAAUAUAUUUGCAUGUCUUAAAGUGCUCAGGUGUUAUUGCACAUUGUGGCGUACAUGUUUCAUUUAUUAAAGUUAAAGGUGACCUAUCAUGCAAAA